CCUUAAUUGACCUCUUCGUUCAUAUAUUCCAUCCCCAUCUUCAAACAUAAACCAUGCAGAUCCAACAACCCAUUAUCAUUGUGGGUGGCAACGUGGUCGGACUCUCCGCUGCCCUGAGCCUUGCAGUCCACAAAGUGCCGAGUAUUAUCAUCGAGAAGCAUAUAGAGAUUUCCAAGCACCCCCGCGCCAUCGGUUUUACCUCGAGAACUAUGGAGAUCUUCCGCACCUUUGGAUGCGUCAACAAAAUACCUCAGGUUCCCCGGGACUUCGAAUUAAAGCGUGCUCGCGUGGAGAGCCUCUCAGGCCAGUGGUACGAGAGUACAACCUGGGAUGAUACCGGCAUGAAAGAGGAUUCUGAGAAGAAGUCUCGUGGGCCAUCAACUGAUGAUGAUGUGGAGUCCCCUCGAAUGGAGUACUCCCAAUUUCCCGGAGCCGCUAUACCGCAAGACCAGCUCGAGUCCAUUCUUGAAGAAGCUGCCCUCCAACAUGGUGUGGAGAUACGGCGUGGUUUUACCGCCGUCCAUGUUGAGCAAGAUGCAACUGGUGUGACUGUGACAGUCACGGAUGCCCAUGGCGAGACGUCUCAACUUCGUGGGCGUUAUUUAAUCGCUGCGGACGGCAAUCGCAGCGAUGUCCGAGAGCAAUUGAACAUCCCAAGACACGGCCGCGGCCACUUGCAGACAAUGCGCAGUGUGUUAUUUAGAGCCGAUUUGGAGGAAUUAUGUAAAGGUGUCAAGCAAUUCACCAUCGAGCAGCCGGACUUAAAGGCUUUUUUAACUACCUACUCUGACGGUCGCUGGGUUCUCAUGUUUUAUGACGAUGUCGAUCGAGACGAGCAGACUCUCAUUGCCGAAAUCCAUAAAGCAGUCGGGCGCAACGAUAUCGCUAUUGAUUUCAUUACCACCGGUCGCUGGGAGUUGGCAGCGCUUAUCGCAGACAAAUUUCAGGACGGGCGCAUCUUCCUUGCUGGGGACGCCGCGCAUACACUACCUCCUAAUCGUGGUGGAUACGGUGCAAACACUGGUAUCCACGAUGUGGAUAACUUGGCUUGGAAGCUGGCGUCUGUUCUUUCUGGUCAAUCGACACCGGAGCUCCUUGAAACCUAUGACACUGAACGCCGCCCCGUAGCACAACUCCGCCAUGACCAGAUUUUCGUCCGUUCCGAUUACAAAAUUCAUUUGAAUGAAAAAUCUGUCACGGGUGAAAAAUUGGACAACGACGCAAUGGAAUUUGGCGAGCUCUACAAAUCUAGAGGCUUCUUUGGUGUCAGUGACGAUCUACCUCCGGCCAAGAAACCGGAUGAGUGGGCAGGACAGCCUGGUACACAUGUUCCCCACUUCUGGGUGAAAAAGGACGAGGAAGUCGUCUCUAUUCAAUAUCUACUUGGAAGUAGACAUUGGACACUUGUCUCGGAGGAGAUUGGAUGGAGGAAAGUUGUCGCUUGGGUUAAUGAGCGGUCGCCUGUUCAGAUGAAAUGCAUGCAGAUUGGAGCCGACGUUGGUAUUUCCGACAUCGAAGUGUUCCGUCAAACAAUGGGACUGCCUAGUAAGGGCGCAUCUCUUAUUCGGCCAGAUGGAUACAUCGCAUGGCGAACGACGGAUAUGCCGUCUGAGCCUUUUAAAAUUCUUCAUGACGUUCUAUCUCAGGUUGCCUUCGCAAAAAGCAUCUGAAAUCAAUACAUGGUCGGUUGAGUCCCAUCAUUCUGCAUCCGUACUAUAUCUGUUGAGAUAGGGGGUUGUUUUAUAGACUGUGAUGGUCUAUUAUUUGUUUAACUAGUCUUGCUGUUCCCUGUCAAUUUGUUAUUGUAUAUUACAGAAACACAUAUAUGGUGUCCUUUCAGAUUGAAUAUAGAUCCAAGUUUUCUUGCUUCUUUUGGGACUGUUUGCUUUCUUAUGACAGGCGUAUUGGUCUUUCCGUGUAUUUCAAUAACAUAUAUAAAC